AUAGAAUUUCUAAUCAAUGACAUUGGAGUGAAGUUGGUUCGACGGUACCUUGUUGUAUGACCAAUUGAAUUUCAUAACAUUAUGCAUUGUUCAAUGUUGCAAUUUCGAAUUGUUUUUCGUUGCGAAGAAGUUGAAUUUUUCUUUUAAAAUAUUAUGAAAAAAAUGAUGAAAAAAUAAUAAAGAAAAAUCUUCUGGAAAUUAGUAUUAUUUUCACUCAAAUUGAAUUGCAACAAUAACGAUGGUGUGGAGAAUUUUGAAUUUCAUUUGUCCGACACCCUCCCUUGCUGUGGCGCUGUAUGCAGCAUCAAUUGUGUGAAGAGAAUUCGGUUCGUGUCGAACUGUCAAUUCACUUGAAAAUUUGAACAACAACCAGCGCAACGACGCAUUCAUCUGUUCAACAACAAUUUUUUAAUGGUUUAAAAGAAAAAAACAGAACACCAUAUAUUCCAGUUUUUGUAAUUGUUUGAGUAAAAAGUGUAGUUAAAUUUUAAGAAAAGUGUAUGUAAAUGUUCUUGUGAUUGUAGAAUAAAAAAGAUUUUUUAGAAAUAUUGAAAGGGAAAUUCAUCAAAACGAUUUUGGUCGGCUGCUACUGAUAUGAUCAGCACAUCAAAUGCAGUUUAACAGUUAGAUUGGCGCGCGCACACAUCAAUUUAGAUUUUCAAGCAAUUCGGAAAAUUUCAACAGAAUCUCAAGAUGAGCAAAAAGUCAUUUUCCAGCAUUUAUUCAGAAUAUACGAAGUUCUAUGGCGAGAAAAAUCAUGCCCAAUGCCUGGAAGUUUUCGCUCGAUUCGAUUUGAAGAGCAGCUACGCCAACUACAGUGAACAAGUGAAUUUUCUGCUACGAUCAGCAUGCUACUGUUUGUUCUCAUUAAAAAAUCCAAACGAAAGGUACAACGUUUCGAUUGCAAAUGGUUAUAAAAACGUUCUGUCCGAAGCAGCAAAUGGUUCUGAUUAUGAAAAAUUCUUAUCGAUAUUGAGUUAUUUCCUGACCAAUUCGGAUCGAUACCUUGCGUUGAUCUCGGGAUUGUCAUCAUCGGCAACGAGUGAUUGGCUGCGAGCAACGAACAAAUACAUAUUUCAAGUGCUCAAGAAUGCAAAUAUUGUCGACGAUGUGGCUCAUAUCAAGCGUAAGGAAAUCUAUUUACAACUCACACAAGCGUUGUUGAUAUUUGUGUACGCCGAAGUAAAACAGGCUAGUUUGUCAAAGAGCAGUUGGAAAUUCGAUGAAAGCCGGAGCUUCUUGAGUAGUUGUCAACAGUUCAAUUUGUUCCAAGAAGGGGAAAGCAUCCGGCAAUACAGUUUAUGCUUCGAAAUGUUGGACAAGUUUCUUGUUGCUCUCAGUUCAGAAGCUGGCAAUGGGAAAUUGGGACAAGCCAUUGAGACAUUUUUGAAACAUUUAAAAUCGUUGACAAAGUCAAAUGAGGUACGUGCAACACUCACUCAAGACAAUUACGUGACAUUGGCCAAAAUUUUGAAAGCGUACACACCGCAGUUUGUCCAAACUGUAGACCCAAAGAACGUGGCUGGCUGCUUCAAAGUCAUUGAAUACGUUGGUCGCGUGGUGAAACAAGUGAAAUCAACCAAACCAUUUUGCACGGACUGCAAUAGCAUCGGCGAACAUUGCACACACGAACUGGCGGUUUUAGCAUCGGAAAUGUAUUCAACGUUGAUUGAAAAAGAGACCGGUGAGCCGAUUGAAGAAUUUGCCAAUAUUAUCCAGUACGAUUUUGAUGCCGUUUGUAAGCUAAAGUGCGCCAAAAUGCUGGAUACACAACGCGAUGCCGUUUCCAAGGUUCGAAAUUUGGCAAGAAAAUGCGAAUCAAAAGAAAACGCCAAAUUCAUGAUACCAGUCAUAAAGUCGCUCUUGAAGCGCUACAAUAAAUUCAAACUGAUGGAAGAACAACUGUUGGUGAAUAGCUUCGAUGUGGUGUAUAUGCUUAACCAUUUAUUCACUAUUCUCAAUGCAACGGAUCGAUGGGAGGAAGUGGUCGAUGUCGGCUAUUUGUACAUGGCGUUCCAUUCGUCGGUUCCGAAUCAUCCGUCAGGAAAUUUCGAGCACAUUGUUUGGACAUUGGCCAAAAAGCAAAAAGAUAACAAAGCAACGAAAACCCCGUACGACAACUUCAGCAAGCCCACAGAGGAAUCAUUGUACGGACUUAAGCUACCCGAUAAUUUGAAUAUUAAUAAACUUUCACUCGAUUUGUUGAGAGUUGGUUUCAAAUACGGUAUUCUAACACCUGACCUGAGUAACCGAGUUAUAAAUCAGCUACUGGAGGCAUCAAUGAAGAAUUCCGAUUCAUUACGAUUCGCAUUGUCCGUCCAAUCAAUGAAAUUCGACAAAGAGACCAGUGAACGAGUGGAUAAGCUGGUGAGUUUGUUCCAUGCCAAAAGUAAAAAGGAUUUGUCAAUUGCACUGCAGCUUGCCGCCAUCAAAUACCUGAGAUUGAAUUUUGAAGGCACACAAAUACAAGACAAAUAUUCCAAUCUAAGCAUCUCAGAAGCACUAUCAGAAGCGCAAAUUGCAUCGCAGACCAGCAUUUUUCGUGAUAUUACGUUCGAUCAAGAGAAAACUCAAAUCGAAACGUUGCGCUACGUGAAAGAUAAAUUCAUUGGAUUUGUGCAAUUUUAUCUAAGUAAAACGGAUGAAGAACGACAGAAAUUCAAUGAUGAAAAGGAACUAUUAUUGCGGGAGCUCAAGGUAGUUGCAAAUCAGUUUGUUGUUCGUGGUUAUAUGGAAGAUGGGUUUGAAUUGUACAUGGCGCUGUUUAAGCUGUCAAAAGAAAUUCAGGAUGAAUUUGGACUGAUCGAUGCAUGCUCAUUCUUUGCUGAAAACUCGUCAGAUUUCAAGCAAAAAUUCUCAAAAGAAAACCUACAGUCAAUCAUCGAAGAAUGCUUUGCUGCCUGUGUAGAAAAACUCAAGUAUUUAAACCAUUUGUCGACUCGCAAGCAAACUCAAGUAUGCUUCUGCAUUUUGAAUCUAGUAUUAUACUACUACGAGGACAGCGGUAAAUAUGAAAAAGAAAUCCAUUUGAUUUUGGCGUUUAUUUUUAAAACCAUCGGCGGCACUGGCGAUGAAAAGAUGGAAAAGACAAUGGAAGCUUUGAUUGGGUCCAUAGAAAAAGCCAAAACGAAUAACGAAAUAAGGAAAAGUUUCUCGGAAGCGAUUCGCAUCAAAUUCUAUUCGGUAUUGUUCACCAUAAUCACAAAAUACGGAGCACCGAGCGCUUUUCAUCCGACCAAAUUUAUUCAGUUCGUCAUGAAUCACAUUAAAACGUAUUUGAGUGUGUAUUACGACAACACAGCCGCAGUUCCGAUAUUACUGUACAAUGUGAUACCGGAAAUGGUGAUGUGGCUUGAAGGCCACUAUCAAUUGAAUGUCGAUAUUCCGGCGCUUGUGCUAACGUUGCUAAAAUUAUCAUUGAAAUCGGGCUAUGCAAACCGUUCGGUUAAUUUGAUGAUCGUUCUGCUGCAAAUGGAUUUAUUAGGAGAGAAAUUGACACCGUGCAAGACCAAAUUGAAGGCAUUGGAAUAUGUGAUGCUGUCAGAAGCCCCAACAUCAACCGAAUAUAAAAAAUCGGAGAGUCCUGUGUACGCAAUAGAUAACAAUAAACUGUGUGAACCAAUUCGAAAGCAAGCUACCGCUACCAGUCCAAUGAAGUGCCUAUCACCGAAACAGGUUAGUGUCGGUAGCCUAACAACUCAAUCGAUUAGAUAUUUGCCGAAUCACGCGAAUGGCUGUGAGUGUGGGAUUUGUUUCAGUCCGCAGAACAAAUUUUUCAUCUUUUGUGUGGCUGUGGCCUACGCUCGUUACGUCUAUGUGAACGAUGAAGAAUUCGAUGCAAGAACGAAACGUGCUGUAUUCACCGAGCUGCUCAAGUACUGGGAGAAGUGUCGAAAAGAGAAAACGCUGCCCAAAAAUGAUUGGUAUUAUAUUGUUAGUGCUCGUAUGCUAUCAUAUGAUGCUCAUUUCAAAUGGAAAUUUGAAAAAGACUAUUCAAACGCUGUAGAUCAAUUACUUCGAGGUUUGAAAGGAUUGGAAAGAGUUAAAAAUGGUGCAAAUACACUAAAAUACGACCUCCAACACCAGGUUGAUCGAAUGAAUGAAACAAUCCGUUCCAAAGAGAUGACCAGAGAGGAAAGAUAUGCGGGCCCAAACUAUAUCAUUCGUAACAAAGGGUUCGUUGAUCAAGUGGAAGCUCAACCAAAGAAAAAAGCGCAACCAGCUACGAAGACUGCGGCAAAAUCACGAACGCCUGCCCUUGUAGUCAGUACACCAAAACCACGAGUCAACCUACUUGACAUGAUAAACAAAGAGCCAACACCGAAAUUCGCCAAUUUCCAGAUACACGACGACGGGGCUGUAGGAGGUGCAGAAAUCACACCCAGCUUGAAGCGAUCAACGCGAAGUCAGAGAAAAAAAGUGGACGAGACACCGGUUCGUAAGGCAUCGGUUUGGGAGAUUUUGGAUGAUGACGAAAAUAACGUUGCCAAAACCUCUGAACGACCGAAACGUGUUCCAAAAUCAAAUGCAGCACCAACCGAUUAUAUUGAUUUAGCAUCCGACUUACCACCGCCGAAAAUAAAUUUCAAACGUAAUCUGCCAACCAUUCACAUAGACUUAACUUCACCACCAGAAAAGAAUGCUGAAAACAAUGAGAAGUCAACACCGGAAACACCAAUCACGUCAAAACCGCCACAAAUAAGCGGACCCAAAAAACCAAAAUGUCCACCAAAAAAGGAUGCACGUAAAGUGGUGGUCAAUGAAACCUAUCUACCGAAACAAUGAACAGUUGGAGAGUUCGAGAAGCCAAAUUAGAUUAAACCAAAAGUGAAAAUGAAAACAAAAGCGAUUCCAUGAUUUUUUCUUUCAUUUAGUUUUUAAUAUAAAAUGUCCAUAAUUCCAACAUGUUUUAUCAGACCUGUGUACAUUUCGAAUGGAAUUGGUGUUCGCAUAACAAAACAUUUCUAUUUGAUCUGACUAAUACAAUAUGUACAAAUGGCAUUCCAAAUAGACUGUUUGUUUAACUAAAUUUUAAUUAUCUAAUUUUUUUCUUCCAAAAUGAAUCAAUAAAUGUUGUCACGAUACAGUGCAAAGUGUGACACUUGAACCAAAA